CAACAUAUAAUUAAUAUGUACGAAAAAACAUUAACAAUAGGAACUACAAAAGUUAAUAAUGCAUAUGAGUGGCAAAAAGUGAGUUACGGCAAAAAUCAAGCAGCGGCGGCGGCAUUAACAAAAGCUAAAACCAAACAAAAGCAACAAAAGCCCCAGCAUAGCAAUAAAAAAACCUUAGCAAACAGUGCGAAAAAUGCAACAGAAACACAAGUAAAACAUUUGAAGCCGGCAAAAACAACAGCAACAGCAACAACAACAACAAUAUUGACGACUUCUUUUAAGCCGGCAACGCAAACGCCGCUAGUCAAAAAAUACGUUGGCAACGCGGCACGUCGUCAAACGCUUGCGCACCAAAUAAAGCGUGCACACCGCCAUCUAUUGACAAGCGGCGGCAACGAUAAGCAGCCCGUUAAUAAACAGCGUAAUAAUAAACAAACAUCAGGUAGCAGCGCAGCUGCUGCAGGACAGCAGACAAAAACAACAAAACAGCAGCAGCAGCAGCAACAGCAGCGCAAUAAACGCAUAAUAAAUGCAAAUAAACAGUUCCAUAGCCAUAAAAGUGAUAAUCAAAAGCAAAGGCAAAAAAAGCAACAGCAACAUAGCAAGCGUGGCAACAGCGGCCACAAAGCGACCGACGGCAACAAAUCGGAGCUCUCCUCGCGCUGGUGCUCCAUCGAGGAGCAGCUAAAUGUGCUAGAUAAUCUCCUCCACUACGAUGAGCAGGCGGAGCUCUAUUUAGCACAACUCUACCACAAUUAUCAACAAGUCCGGCACUCGACUGUUGGGGACAGUGACUCGGAGAUUUCGGACAACUGGAGCUGGAGUGACUACGACCUGGACAUGUCACAGAACAACAGUGUCGACGACGAUGCGCUGUCCAGCACCAGCGGUGCGGGCAGCCACAGCACCAACAAUUCCAAUACUAUGCCACUGGUGCCGUCCUCUCUUAAGCGGCGCGGUCAUCAGCAUCAUCCACGUUUUGCGGGUACACGUCGUCCCAAUGUGCCCAAUGUCCAAGAAAUACUGGCAGCCCUCUAUCGCGGCGACUCCAAGGGUGUGCUGUCCAAUCUGCGCGGUGAGACGCCGCCGCAGCCAGAAGCAGACGUGGAGCCUGACCAGUCCGCCAAUGUGGUUAGCCGCAGUACACUCAGCCUGCCGCUGAGUGAAUCGGUGACAAACUCUUUGGGCAGCAACAGCCCAACACCGACCGAUGAGAGCAGCAUGCUGGACGAGACAAACGCAACGCCAGCAGCAACAAAUAGCGCAGCAGCCGAACAGGAGCCACUGGCUGCCACUGUCAAAAAGAAGAAGAAGCGCGACAAAGGCGACAAGGAGAAAACGGAGCGCAAAAAGAAAGCCUCAUCGUCCUCUGGUGGCAAACGUGAGCGGAGCAAACGCCAGAGCGGCAGCGGCGGCAUCAUGGACGUCAGCAGCGACAGCAUUGCCACAGAUCUCAGUGCGGGCGCCAUUGAUGAGGGCAUUGUGCUGAACACCGAGGAUGAGGAUACACAGGCGCAGGAAUGGUCCAAGCUGCGCUGCACCAGCGAAGCGGCUGAGAUUGUUGCCGAACGAGAGGCGCGUCGCAACAAGGGACGCUGCGCCGAUUAUCCGGGCCUGGCAUUCGGCCGUUCCAUCUUCAGCUCCGACACAAUGAUGAAGUUCAACAUCAUACGCAAUGAGCUGCACAACAUCAUGAAUACGCAGCUGAAGCGGGCCGAAUCUGAGGUCCUUGCAUUGAACCGUCGCAUUCAAUUGCUCGAAGAAGACUUGGAACGCUCUGAGGAGCGUCUGGGUUCCGCCACAGCCAAGCUGUCGGAAGCCUCUCAGGCCGCCGAUGAGAGCGAACGUGCUCGCAAGAUUCUUGAGAAUCGCGCCCUUGCCGAUGAAGAACGCAUGGACGCACUUGAGAAUCAGCUGAAGGAAGCGCGUUUCCUUGCUGAGGAGGCUGACAAGAAAUACGAUGAGGUUGCCCGUAAAUUGGCCAUGGUUGAAGCUGAUUUGGAGCGUGCCGAAGAACGUGCCGAACAGGGUGAAAACAAAAUUGUGGAGCUUGAGGAGGAGCUGCGCGUUGUCGGCAACAACUUGAAGUCCCUGGAGGUCUCUGAGGAGAAGGCUACACAAAAAGAGGAAACCUUUGAAACGCAAAUCAAAGUCUUGGAUCAUUCCUUGAAAGAGGCUGAGGCACGCGCUGAAUUCGCUGAACGUUCCGUUCAGAAAUUGCAGAAGGAAGUCGACAGGCUCGAAGACGACUUGUUGAACGAACGAGCCAAGAACAAACUGCUGCAGGAGGAAAUGGAAACCACUUUACAUGAUAUACAGAACAUGUAAACAAAUAAUUUGCUUAUGUAAAUUAACUAAACUGCCUGCUUUGACGUCAAUACAGAAAACUGGCGCUUUCCAUAUUAUAAUAAUAGAAACACACACACAAACACACACGCAACCACACACACACACACACAUACAGAGACAUUCUGAGACACACAGGACAACACCAAGUGUCUUCCAUGCAAAGAAAGAAAGAGUGAACGCCAAUUUUGAUAAACUCUAAAGGAAAACGUUAAUUAUUAUGCGGUAAACUCAAAGAAAAGCAGACAAGAAAGAAAAGAAAAAAUAUUACCAUUAAAAGAUACAAAAAAGAAAAAAAAAAAAAGACAGAAGAAAAAUGUUCUUUUGCAGCAAACGCAUUCCAAAUUUACACAUGUUUGCAUAGAUGCAUGCAUACUUUCAAGCAGUGCAAGCCUGUGUGUAUUACGCAUACACGCUUGCAUACUUUCAAGCAGUGCAAGCCGUUGACUGAGCGCUGUCCGCGCUGCGCUGUGAAUGGCACACGCUUGGUCGCUGUCAUUUGGAAUGGCAAAUAUGGCGGCACUUUUAACACUCGAUGCUUUAUACAAAACUGUUGCAAUAUUUUGUUUUAACAUUUUCUUUCUUUCUUUUUCUUUGCUUUUUCUGCCUAUACUUUUUUUUGGUUUGCAAAUUAGUUUACGUGUUAUUAUUUAUACAAUUCGUAUGUAAAGUAAAAAAGGAAAGAUUUGUAUUUUUGUCGCCAGCUUAACUACUGUAUUAAUUAUGCUAAUAUAUUUACAUUGUUUAUACAAUUUAAACAAAUCGUGUUUGCAGAAUGUUGUGUAAUAUUUGCUUAUUUAUAAGUUGCCACGCCUAUUAUUUAGAAACAAAUUCAAAGCAAAUGCAUAAACAAAUAAAAUCAAAUACAAACAAAGACGACAAAAAAAAAAAUAAUAAUUACCCGCACACAGCGCACAUCAUUCCACAUCUAAGCAUUCACAAUUAAACAGUUCUUAACAUCCUUCUAUUUAAAUAUGUAUUUGAAAUUAAAAAACGAAAACAAAAACAAAAACAAAAAGAAAUAUUAUUUGCCUCUUCGCUAAAUUCGGCUGAAAAUGUUUUCUUGCCCUGGUGAGAAAGUUAAAAGGCAAAUACGAGCGUAACAUUAAAUGUCAUUAUAACGAAUGAAAUGGAAAA